ACCUCGGCUCCGGGCAGCAGAGACGCACCGCUGCGCUCCCUCUCUGCCGUUUAGUGCGUCGAGCGGCGGAGGGAAGUAGAGUUUACGCGUCUUGUUGUGCGUCCCUGGACCAAACAGGAGCAGCGGUGCGCUUUUCCUCCUCCUGAGCCGCAGGCAUCCCGGGGAUCAGCCACGCCGUGCAUGCCCCGGACACCGGGACGAGGAGGAUACGGGCUUUUUUUCAUCCCCCUUCUUCUUCAUUAGUAUUUUGACAGAUUGAGACACACAUAUUUUGCAUUUCCCUAAUGGUAACCAACACCGAGCAGCCAGAGACAUGUGGAAUAAUCUGGGGAAACUGCACCGCUUCUCGCUAGUGUGUCUUCUCCUGACGCUGUGGGCUGAGGUGUCUCAGUCCACGGGUUACUUCGAGCUGCAGUUGAUUUCGGUGGAUAACCCCAAAGGUCAGCUCCUGAACGGCGACUGCUGCGACGCGGAAAAGAGCGCGGCGGAGGGCCACUGCGGCGCGGAUGAGUGCGACACCUACUUCAGAGUGUGUUUAAAGGAAUACCAAACGGAGGUCACGACCAAUGGACCGUGCACCUACGGCUCGGAAACUACUAAGGUUAUCGGUGGGAAUACUUUUCAGUUCAAGGGCGGCCAGAAAACCGGACAGAACCGGAACAACGACGCCGGGAAGAUCAUCAUUCCCUUCCAGUUCGCAUGGCCGCGAGCAUACACUGUGAUAGUGGAGGUGUGGGACAGGGACAACGUCACCCACAGCAAUGAUGACGAGCUGCUGAUCGAGCGCAGCAUCCACAAAGGGAUGAUCAACCCCGGAGAGGAGAAGCAGAUGGUGGAGUACAAAAGCUUGAUCGCCAGCCUUGAGUACACCAUCCGUGUUCGCUGCGACGAGCACUACUACGGCAGCAAGUGCAACAAAGUUUGCCGUCCCCGCGACGACUACUUUGGCCACUAUGUGUGUGAUCAGUUUGGAAACCGGGGCUGCAUGGAGGGCUGGACGGGGCCCGACUGCAAAACAGCCAUCUGCAAACAAGGAUGCAGUAUCCUGCACGGGACUUGCAGCGUGCCGGGGGAAUGCAAGUGUAACUACGGCUGGCAGGGUCCGCUCUGCGACGAGUGUCUGCCGUACCCCGGCUGUGUUCACGGGACCUGUAAUGAGCCCUGGCAGUGCACCUGUGAGAAGAACUGGGGAGGUCUGCUCUGUGACAAAGAUCUGAACUACUGUGGGACCAACCGGCCCUGUAAGAAUGGAGGGACGUGCAUGAACACAGAGCCAGACGAAUACAACUGUGCCUGUCCAGACGGCUACUCUGGCAAGAACUGUGAGAUCGCGGAGCACGCCUGUGUGUCCAACCCCUGUGCCAAUGGAGGGACCUGCCAUGAAGUCCCAUCAGGCUUUGAGUGUCACUGUCCAGCAGGCUGGUCUGGGCCAACCUGUGCUAAAGACACGGACGAAUGUGCCUCAAGCCCCUGUGCUCAGGGCGGGACCUGCAUCGACGUGGAGAACGGCUUCAAAUGCCUCUGUCCUCCACAGUGGACCGGAAAGACCUGCCAGAUUGACGUUUAUGAGUGUGCGGGGAUCAAGCCUUGCCUCAAUGCUUACUCUUGCAAAAACUUGAUUGGUGGAUAUCACUGUGCCUGCUUUCGUGGAUGGGUGGGCAAGAACUGUGACAUCAAUGUGAACAGCUGCCAUGGACAGUGUCAGAACGGAGGGACCUGCAAGGAUGUGGCCAGAGGCUACCAGUGUGUUUGCCAGCCAGGAUUCGGGGGCCGACAAUGUGAGGUUCAGAGGAACCGCUGUUCCAGCAGUCCAUGUAGGAACGGGGGCCGCUGUCAUGCCCUGCCAGACGGAUUCAUGUGUGAAUGCCCUCAAGGCUUCGCUGGUACAACCUGUGAGGUGCAGAACGACCCAUGUAGCCCAAACCCGUGUCACAACAAGGCCCAGUGCCACAGCCUGAUGGGAGAUUUCUACUGCAGCUGCCCAGAUGAUUACGAGGGCAAAACCUGUUCAGAGCUCAAGGACCACUGCAAGACUAACCAGUGUCAAGUGAUUGACAGUUGCACGGUUGCCGUGGCAACCAACGAUACCCAAAAGCGGGUGUGGCACAUCUCGUCCAAUGUGUGCGGACCCCACGGUCGCUGCAUCAGCCUGCCUGCUGGGAACUUCAGCUGCUCCUGUGAGCCGGGAUUCACUGGCACCUACUGCCACGAGAACAUUAAUGACUGUGCGUCAUCACCCUGUAAAAAUGGGGGCACUUGCAUCGAUGGAAUCAACUCCUUCCAGUGUUUCUGCCCAGACGGCUGGGAGGGCCGUCUGUGUGAUGUUGAUGUGAAUGAGUGUAACAGGAACCCCUGUCAGAACGGAGGUCAGUGUGUCGACCUGCUCAACGACUUCUACUGCAACUGUGUAGACAGCUGGAAAGGAAAGACUUGCCACUCACGUGAGAGCCAAUGCGACUCCACUACCUGCAGUAAUGGAGGGACGUGUUACGACCAUGGAGACUCCUUCCUGUGCAGCUGCCCCUCAGGCUGGGGUGGCAGCACCUGCAACACAGCCAAGAACAGCACGUGUGACUCGGGUCCGUGCGAGAAUGGAGGGACGUGUGUCGGGGGAGGGGACAGCUUCACUUGCAUCUGCAAGGACGGCUGGGAAGGACCCACCUGUGCACAGAAUGUCAAUGACUGCAAUCCACAUCCCUGCUACAAUGGUGGUAUCUGUGUCGACGGCGUGAACUGGUUUCGUUGCGAGUGCGCCCCAGGAUUCGCCGGCCCGGACUGCCGCAUCAACAUAGAUGAGUGUCAGUCAUCUCCUUGUGCGGAAGGUUCAACCUGCAUGGAUGAAAUCAACGGCUACCGCUGCGUUUGUCCUCCGGGACACGCUGGACCUCGCUGUCAAGAGUUCAUCGGACUGGGGAAGUCGUGUCGUCACGCUGGCCUGCAGUUUCCCCACGGCAGCCGGUGGGAGGAGGAGUGUAACACCUGCCAGUGUGUCGACGGAUAUGUUCACUGUUCUAAGGUGAGGUGUGGUCGUCGACCCUGUCUCCUCCCGAAGGCUCUUCCCCCUCCGGACGCAAACCCUCCGUCCUGCCCCGGAGGUCACGAGUGUGUGGAGCAUCAGUUCCUCACCUGCUUCUCCCCGCCCUGCCACCAGUGGGGUGUGUGUUCGACGCCGGACCCCCCCACGCCUCUGCACACCCAGUGUGAGCCCAACAGUGGGUACCUUGACAACAGCUGCGCUCGCAUCACGCUCAUCUUCAAAAAGGACAAAGUGCCGCAGGGCACCACCGUAGAGAACAUCUGCUCGGAGCUGAGGUACUUCCCUGUGACUCAGACGCUGGCCGAGGAGCGAGCGCUGCUCAUCCUCUGCGACCUGUCCUACUCCAACAGUGACGCCGUGGAAGUCGCCAUGUCUUUUGAGCAGGACGGGCAGUCGAAGGACGGCGACCGCGUACAGAUCCAGAAGGCAGCCAGCGACAUCAUCAGCGCUCUGUCCAAACGCCACAACAGCACCGUCAUGCUGGCUGUGGUGGAGAUCAAAGUGGAGACGGUGACGACGUCCUUUUCUGAUGGUUACCUGGUCCCGGUGCUGUGUGUCGUCUUCAGCAUCCUGUGGAUCUUCUGCAUCGUUGUUUGCAUUUGGUGGACCCGCAAGAGGAAGAAAGAGCGCGAGAGAGCAGCCCGAUCUGAGGACAGGACGGUCAACAACAAGCUGGAGCCACUGCGGAGCAACGCCCUCAAGGACAACCGGGACAAAGACAUUCAGUACGAAUGCAAGAAACUGAUGGGCCCCUCCGACAGGACGUGCGACGGGGCCGAGGGAGAGGAGGAAGGGGAGCAGGAGGGGGAGCAGCAGGAGGAGGACGAGGAGAGGGCGCUGGGCAUAGGGGACAAGUGUCCACCUCAAAAGUGCGCCAUGGCAGGGGCGCAGGACAGGGGGAUGGCGGGAAAGGGAGGGGUCAUCUGCACGACGCACAGCGGUCCAGUGAAGGCGCCACACCGGACGGCGUACAGCCCCAAGGACAACCGGUGUAAAAACCUGAAUGCCGCCAAGCUCAGCGAGGACAUUAAAGACCAUUACGUGUGAACACAUUAGAGGAGGAGGGACCUUCCUGAAUCAAAGAAAGAAACUGCGAUGUCUUCAGUGUCACUGACUUUUCAACUCUUAAAAGCACCAAAAGUGAAGAUCACAAAUGCUUAACUUUUUUAUUUUUGUUUGUUACACCUUAUUUAACUUGGCCGUCUGCAGCACGGAGGCGUAUUUUACCAAAAACCCACAAAAAAAAAAAUACAGAAAAACAAGCAAAAAAAAUAAACAUCACAGCUUCUGGAUUUCUGGAUUUCACUUUAAUUGUCACACUGUUGGAAUCAAGAAGAAUUUUCUUUUCACCGUUCCUGAUUUUUUUUCAAUUUCUUCUGUUUACAGACUGUUUCUGUUUCGCUUCACGAGGACUAACGCUCACCUUUCUGUCUUUGGAACCUUGGAGAUUUAACUGAACGACGCUGGCCGGCAGCUGCUAGUGUCGCUCCCACUGUUUGGUGCGUUAGGGUCCUGUCUGCCUUAGCCCAAACCUGCGGGCCUUUUCUACACUGUCUCGAUGUCCUGUCUUUUUAUUUAAAAAAAAAAAUACUAAAAUGGAAAAAAAAAAAAAAAAAAAAAAAGGUUUUAUAUACAUUUAAGUUCUUUGAAAGCUGGCAUGGAGAAUCAACUGUAUGAUACCUGGCAUGAGAAGUUUUUGUUUACAUUCAUAAACAUCUUUUCCAUUUUGCGUUAAGGCUAAAAGGUUCUUGCAUUUACCCUUUCAAAAUACGUGUCUCUGCUUCCUGCGAGUCCACGUGAGGAUUUUUCAGUAUUUGCUUUGGUAGGAAAGUGCCUUCAGCCCUUACUUUUUCUCCUUUCUCUCCUCCUAUAGAUUUUAUGCAGAUAUUGAAUACAUACAAAGGGAAAGAUGUCCUACUAACAACCCUUCAUACCACAGUAAAGGUUAUUUUCUUUGUGAUGUAAAUAUGUAAAUAUGAACAAAUGGCUGUGUAUAUUUGAGUUUAGUAACUUAAGUGAUGCUUUGUAUCAUAGUUAUUCUAAAGAAUAAGAUUGUUUUGUGUUUUUUUUUUGUUUUGUUUUUUGUUUUUUAAUGAUGUCAUUCCGUUUAUUAGUGUCUGUUGACACUAUGACAGGUUUUAUACAAAUCUUCAGACUGUGUCCAGGGGCUCACCGAGUCGUGAGCUUUGGUUUGAAAAGAAAACAGAUCGUGAUUGUUUGUCUUGAUGUGUUGUGAUUAUUUUUGUUACAGCUGUUAAGAAGACAAAUACGGAGACCGGAGGGCUGUUUGUUAGGUCCGUCGAUCAUCGAGAGAGGCCGUUGGGGUCUGAGCAGCAGCGACUCAGAUCUCAUGCAGCCCAGUAGUCAGUGCUGCAACAGUCCUGUUCAUUUCGUUGUUCGUUUCAUCGGAGACUUCCAGAGUGAAACUGCGUUGGAGGGACUUUAGAUGCCACCCCACCCGCAAGAUUCACUUUUCUAUAGCAGCUAUUUCAGUUUUAGAUAUCUGAGAGUUCAAAUUAUUUUAAAAGGCUCCUCUACACCUACGUAAAAGUCCCGGGCUUAUGGGACUUGCAAAGAUCACGCUUUUAAAAGCAUUUAAUAUUUAUUAAUUCCCAGAGUGCAAAAUAUGUUUCAAGAGCCCUGCUAAACACACAAAUUCAAAUCGUGCGGGCCAACUCUCCGAAAUGCAAAUCUAAUUGUCACUGAUCUGAACGUUUGUUUUUGUUUGUUUGUUUGUUUGUUUUUAGCCACAGGUUCUAAAUUAUGUUGUAGCUCAGCCCACUGACAAUUCUUUGGGAAAUACUGUGGCUCUUCUCCGCUUUUUCCAUACUGAUAUACUUUUUCCAUAUUUGUCUUACACAUCCCGCAGGCUGCAUGUAUGCAUGUAAAUAUUAAGAACACCCCGUUAGCGUCCUGUUCAACAGCAGCGGAGUGUCGGCCCACAGGCUGGAAUCCCUGGCCAACCUGGCAGCAGGGCCUCCCGCGGGGACAUUUUCGGUUUCCUUUUUGUGCAAGAUGUUUUGUGAAAGUCUUCAUCCCAAAAGUCUAGAGACGUGAGCCAGUAGCUGUAUAUUUUAGCCCAUGCCUGAACUGUCCGUGACUGCUGCUGUCUCCUCAUCGAUCCACAGUGCACGCCCCCCCCCCUUUUUUUUUAAAGGACUUAAGCUGCGUCCGACAGAGCUCCCUCAUUCACUCCCUCGUUACAAACACUCGCUACUUUGUACAGUCAUGUAUUGACGUUUCUUACACUUAACCAUCAACAGUUUACAUUCCCUCUGGCAGAUAUAUAUUGGCACGUCAUGGUAAAUUAGCUGUCUGUAAUGUCUGAAGCGGAGGUGAGGCAUUGUGGAAUGUUCAGGAGAAAAGCGGCACACGCUCGGCGGCAACGCUUUUCGUUUCGCCCGUGUAUGUUAUACUCAAAACCCACCCAAGGACAGACACAAAUGUCGGGAUUUAAAUGGUACAUUUGAUGUCAAUACAAAACAUCCUUCUAUUCCUUCCCGUUUUGUGAAAUUUCAGUUAAGUUAGGACGUCCAGUGGGUUUUGUUUUUUUUUUGCCCCAAUUAGGGACUCCAAAUGGCACAGAGGACAUUUGCCUCGUGCUGGUGUGGAGAGGCAGGUCUCGAACCAGCACUGACGCAUCCGAUUGCUUUUUCCAGUACACGCUUACAGGUCACAGGGUCCAAACAACUCAGAGGCACCGCUGCCAGCCUCUCGUCAGCCUCCUCGAACUUCGGUCAUGAAUUCACUGAUUUACAGUUCGCUGGCAGCAGCGAUGCCACGCAGCCCAGCAGGGUGCCUGCGCUGCCCGAGGCACUUUGAUGGCGAUCGGCCACCCCUGCCGAAGUGCCCUUUAGCAAGACGCGGAAUCCCCAUCGUAGACAAAGGGUGUGUGGCUUGAAUGGGAAUCUACUCGCGGUGGAUGAGUUUGUAUCCUAAUUUUUUUUUUGUCGAUUUGUUUUUUAAACCCUGUUUUAGCCCCGCCUCUCCUUGUGUAUGUAUUCUGGUCUAAUGAAGGGAACAAGUUGUAUUGUUGUUGAUGUUGCUGCCUGUUGUGGUUGUUGUCCAGUGUUUGUAAAGAGUCUGUUUCUGCACUAAGAACACACAGGAAGAGAGAAACAUUUAGCGUUACCUCCACAGCGGUAGUGGAAAAAAAAAAAAUUCAGAUACUGUCGCUAUCUGUGGAUGAACAUUAUGUUUUCAAUAUUUUGUGCUUUAGUUUAUAAUGCUGAUGCAAAUCAUGGAAAAUCCAAAUUCAUAUUCUGUCAGUAAAUUUUAAAUUGUGUUAGCCCCAGAAAAGGGGCUGAAUGUGCAGAACAUUGUAAUUAUUUUGUACAAAAUCUGGUAAAAGUCUUGGUUUGUUAGUGGAAUUUUUUUUUUUUGUUUGUUCUUAGA